AUGAGUAGUUUCAAGCUCUAUGUGAUUAUGCUUGUGACUUUAGCAGUCUUAGCUUUGGCUAUCCCAUGUUCUGCUGAGACAUGGGGGAAAUGGCAUGUUCACGUUGUCAAUGGACUAAGCUCCAGAAGAACUCUCUUCGUCCAUUGCAAGUCUAAAGACGAUGAUCUCGGCAUCCAUAAUCUUGCAGUCGGUACCGAAACCAAUUGGAGUUUUAGGGAGAACUUCAUCGGGACAACACUUUUCUGGUGCUACAUGCGCACAGACCGUGAAGAGUACGCCAGUUUUGAUGUGUUCUGGGAGGAGCAUGAUCACAAGUGGCUUCAGACCAGAUGCAACUGGAAAGAUUGCAUAUGGACUGCAAGAGAUGACGGGAUUUACAUAAAGAACAUUCCCAACAACAGUGAUGAGCUUAUUCAUAAGUGGGGAUCUCACUGGUAA